GAAUGCGUAAACUCCAUGUAAUACGGCAAUCGUGUGGGCUUCUAGUCAGAUCUCUCCGAAGUAUGUGCUAAACCAUCGCGAAGCGAUGUAACAGCGGCGACCACCGCAAGCAUCUCCCCAUAGCGGCCGAAACAAAAUCCAACGAGGAAAGCUGCCGAAAGCGAAGUGGAUGCGCGGGAUCUGAGGCGUUGUUGAAGCACACGUGGCGGAGUUGGGUGCUGGAAUCUGUGACGGGUGGGCCGCCUCUGCAUGAGCUUUUGCGAAGUCAUCACAGUUUUCCUCGAGACUCUGUGAGCCAUGGCUUCCAAACCUCAUCCUCCUUUAAUGAAGAAGCACAGCCAGACUGACCUGGUGAGCCGCCUGAAAACCCGCAAGAUCCUGGGCGUUGGAGGCGAGGAUGACGAUGGAGAAGUGCACAGAUCUAAGAUCAGUCAAGUCCUGGGAAAUGAGAUCAAGUUUUCUGUGCGGGAGCCCUUGGGUCUCAGGGUCUGGCUCCUCAUCUCAGCAGUCAUGUUCACAGUGGUGGCCCUCAUGGCCCUCACCUUUCCAAACCAGCUCUACGAUGCGGUCUUUGAUGAGGAGCUGUCCAACACAAAAAUGUCGAUCAGACUGUACGGUGCUGCUCUCCUCAGCAUUUCCUUAAUUAUGUGGAACGGGCUGUACACGGCGGAGAAGGUGAUAAUCCGCUGGACCCUGCUGACGGAGGCCUGCUACUUUGGAAUUCAGUUCAUAGUGACGGCGAUCACGCUGGUGGAGAAUGGCUCGGUGUCUAAUGGCGCUCUGCUCCUCAUCUCCAGCAGAGUCCUCUUCAUCAUCAUCAGCCUGUCUUACUACUACCAGUUGGGGCGUCGCCCCAAGAAGAUUUAAAAGAAGAACUGGGGAUGUUUUUUGGGGGGGCAGGGUUCAAGUAUGGGGGUCUAGUCGGUUAGCCAGCCAUCGUCCUGGGAGUGAUGGUUAUCUCAGCUGUGGAUGCUGUUGGCUGGGUGCAAGUGGGCACAAUUGGGGCAACCUUGGAG